AUAUUGUUAGAAUUAUUAUAUCGUGCACCCACAAGUAAUGUGAAAGAACCAUCGCUUCACCUUGUUCCUUCUCUCGCCUCGCUCAGCCCGAGGUAAGCGUGACUGCCAUCAUGCAGAUCUUCGUCAAAACCCUAACGGGGAAGACCAUCACCCUUGAGGUCGAGCCUUCAGAUACUAUCGAAAAUGUGAAGGCCAAGAUCCAGGAUAAGGAGGGAAUUCCCCCAGACCAACAGCGUCUCAUCUUUGCUGGCAAGCAGCUUGAAGAUGGUCGCACUCUGUCUGACUACAACAUCCAGAAAGAAUCAACUCUUCACUUGGUACUGCGCCUUCGUGGUGGUGCCAAGAAGCGCAAGAAGAAGAAUUACACUACCCCCAAGAAGAUUAAGCACAAGCAUAAGAAGGUUAAGCUUGCUGUGCUGAAGUACUAUAAGGUGGAUGAUAAUGGCAAGAUCACCCGCCAGCGCCGUGAGUGUCCCAGUGAGGAAUGUGGUGCUGGUGUGUUCAUGGCCAACAUGUUUGAUCGUCAGUACUGUGGAAGAUGCCACCUGACUUUUGUCUUUAAUAAGCCAGAAUAAAGUUGAUGGUAUUA